UGCUUCUUCGUUCUUUGUUCACUAGUGGUUGGUAUUAGUAUUGGAUGUUACUUGUUAUAUGACGGUACGCUAUUUGGAAUAUUUGAACUGUAUUUGAUCGCGGAUCGCAUUAGAGUCGAUUGAAACAAGUUAAAGAGUGGUCUUUUAAAGAUAUCUCGUGAUUCUUUUCUUCUGUGACUUAUAGCUUGUAUAUAGUCACUUGUAGUAGGCGAAAACUACAUGCAACGCCGAUGACUAACGAAAGAUUUCGGAACGCGGCUCUGGUAGCACGUUCCUUUGCGCAAAGUUUUUAAGGUUAAGGAAAAAGUGACAGUGCUCCGAUAAUACUAUCGCAGCCAGAUAUUUUUAUGAAGUGUCACGGCGAUUUAGGGUGUUGUUUAUUUUAAUUGAAGCUUGCCAGACGGACGACGAAAUAAUCGGCUGAUUUUAAAUGAUUAUUUAAAAGUAAUUAUGGCAACGUCUGGUUCCGAUAGAAAACCGAGAGUCAUAAUUUUAGGAGGAUGCGGUUUCAUAGGACGUAAUCUCGUGGAGUAUCUGUUGGAUAAUGAUCUCGUGUCGUUUGUACGUGUCGUAGACAAAGUACCCCCACAAACUGCUUGGCUUAAUGCUAAACACCAGCAAAUGUUCGAGCAUCCUUUGCUUGAGUUUAAAAGCGCUAAUUUGAUCAAUGCAGUGUCUUGUCAAAAUGCAUUUUUAUCGGAUGAUACGAUUGAUUAUGUGAUCAAUUGUGCUGGAGAAACAAAGAGUGGUCAAACAGAUCCUGUGUAUAAAGAAGGAAUUUAUAAGUUAAGCAUGAACUGUGCUCAGCAAGCGGCAAAGCUACAGGUCGAUCGUUAUGUAGAAAUAUCUUCUGGUAAUCUUAAUGCUUCCGAAAAGAAUUCUCACAAAGAAGACGAUACCAGCGAGCCAUGGACAUACGUCGCAAAAUAUAAAUUUCAAGUGGAAAAUGAUCUAAAAAAUAUACCGAAUUUAAAGUACACGAUACUCAGACCAGCUAUCGUGUACGGUCACGGAGAUAGAAGUGGCUUAGCACCACGUCUGGUGGUAGGAGCAGUUUACAAACAUUUAGGAGAAAUGAUGAAAUUACUUUGGGGACCAGACCUUCAUAUGAACACGGUCCACGUGAGAGAUGUAGCCAGAGCUGUUUGGCAUGUAGUAAAUAAACCAGAAACUGUAGGCCAAAUAUACAACGUUGUCGACGAAGGUGAUUCGACUCAAGGAUCGAUUAGCGCUAUAGUUUCAGAAUUAUUUAACAUCAACCACGAUUAUUGGGGUACCGCAUUAUCCACAUUGGCUAAAGCAGACAUGAGUUCUGUAGUCGAAGAAGUGAACGACAAGCACAUGGGACCAUGGGCGGACGCUUGCAAUAAAGAUGGAGUGGAAAAUAGUCCUUUGUCUCCAUAUAUAGACCAAGAACUUCUUUACAACAAACAUUUGUAUUUAGAUCCAAGAAAACUAUUAAGUACUGGCUUCGCUUAUGUGUAUCCAAAACUUACAAAAGAUGUUGUAAAAGAGGUUCUAGACGAUUACGCAAGCAUGAAGAUAUUUCCACAUUCCUUAGUUCUAUGAAUUUUGGCAGCACAUUGCCAAUAUCAAAUAUUAAAAAAGCUUACAAUGAUUUGUAUAAAUAACUUUUGGAGCGUUUCACCUUGUGCCUAGUAAUCUAUGCAAAUUACAUACUCUAUUGUAUGUUAUACACUUUACUUGUAUUUUACCUGCUAACAAAUAUUGUUAGUCAAGUUUAUAGAAUUGAUCGAAUGGAAUACGAAGAUUUCAUGUAUAAGCCUAUUGCAAAUGUGAUAAAGUAGGAAUUAAUGUACUUAAUUUUAUCAUAGAUUGAGGUAUGAAAUUUUUGCACCUUAAGGUUGCUAGUCAAGUUUUGACGUAUAAGAGAGACGUAUAUCGAGAAGUUAGAAAGAAAGGUUAAACAAAUCAUGGAACUAGAUAUUCACAUGCCUAAACUUAAUACAUUAUAGCUUGUAAAAUUGUUUGGAUAAAUAUUUUAGAGAAUUAUGUAUACCGCCAAGAAUGCUUUUUAUAUACCGCAUUUCUUCAAGACUGGAAACAUAAAUAAAAUUGUUAAAAAUCUAAUAAGAUUUAUAGAAACAUAGAAAAAGGAUUUUCGUUCGUUUCUUUUUUUUAUAUCCAGCGUAUUCCAAUACAUAAUUUUUAAGAGCCGUGACUUGCGCGCAGAAAUCUUUUUAUUCCAAGCAAAUAAUACGGUUACGUAAGUUUAGAAUAUUAGAUGAUUCGAAUUAUACAAUGUAUUAAAUCAAGUACAAAUAAUAUAAAUUAAGCUAGAAAAUAUUUCUAAAAUGCCAAACACAAGCAAAUCGAUAGAUUUAUAACAUGAAAUUAAGCCUAAUUUUGAAAAAAAUCAUACAAUAAAAUGCAUAGGCUAACGGCACUAACUGCCAAAUAAAAUUAAAUUAAUAGUAUUACUCUUUUUAAUCAAUUGUUAUUAAUUCUUUGAUAAUAAAGUUAUUCAUUAAUGCAUUUA